AUGUGUCAUGCAAGGCGAGGUGACGACGGGGCCGCGGGUUCCAUGCCCGUGGCCGCUCAGGGUCGCGAGAUCCUCCCGGACAAUGUGAAGCCACUGCACUAUGACUUGACGCUGGAGCCCAACUUCGAGGACUUCUCCUUCCAGGGAUCUGUUCAGAUUGACCUCGAAGUUGUGAAGGAGACGAGCUCAAUCACUUUGAAUGCCCUUGACAUCACUAUUAAUACUGCUGCUCUUGAGACCAAUGGAACAGAAAUUGCUACCUCCUCACCGGUUAGCUAUGACAAGGACAAGCAGACUGCUACCAUCACCCUUGGACAGAAGAUUGCUGCUUGCUCCAAGGCCAGGUUGAACCUCAAGUUCACCGGCACCCUGAAUGACAACAUGGCGGGUUUCUACAAAUGCUCUUACAAGGAUGCCAAUGGCAACCAAAAGUACAUGGCAUCCUCCCAGAUGGAGCCUACAGACUGCAGACGCGCCUUUCCUUGCUUCGACGAACCCUCUCUCAAGGCAGAGUACACUGUCACCCUCAUUGCAGACAAAGACAUGACCUGUCUGAGCAACAUGGACGUGGCUUCAGAGACCGAAGUCAAAUCCACCAUGGUCAGCCAUCCUCGAAAGGCCGUUAAGUUCAACAAGUCCCCACUUAUGUCAACUUACCUUGUGGCUUUCAUUGUUGGCCACCUCAACUAUAUUGAGACAAAGGCCUUCAGAGUGCCAAUUAGAGUGUACGCUACCCCGGACCAGAACAUCGAGCACGGAAGGUUCUCGCUCGACCUUGCUGCCAAGACCCUGGCCUUCUAUGAGAAGGCCUUCAACAACGAGUACCCGUUGCCCAAGAUGGAUAUGGUUGCCGUGCCCGACUUUGCUGCCGGUGCUAUGGAGAACUGGGGUCUGGUCACCUACAGAAUCGUCGACGUCCUGUACGACGAAAAGACUACCGGUGCUGCUACCAAGGAGCGAAUUGCCGAAACUGUGCAACACGAGCUCGCUCACCAGUGGUUCGGAAACCUGGUCACCAUGGAUUUCUGGGAUGGCCUCUGGCUCAACGAGGGCUUUGCCACGUGGAUGUCAUGGUACUCGUGCAAUGUCUUCUAUCCAGAGUGGAAUGUCUGGCAGACCUACGUUAUCGACAACCUUCAACAAGCUUUGUCUCUUGAUUCCCUUAGAAGCAGCCACCCCAUCGAGGUACCUGUAAAACGUGCCGAUGAAAUCACUCAGAUCUUUGACGCUAUCUCCUACUCCAAGGGCUCUGCUGUCCUCCGAAUGAUCUCCAAAUACAUGGGUGAGGAGAAGUUCUUAGAGGGUGUCAAGGCAUAUAUCAAGAAGCACGCCUAUGGAAAUACCACCACUAGUGAUCUAUGGGCUGCCCUCAGCGAAGCCAGCGGUAAGCCUAUAGACAAGGUUAUGGAUAUUUGGACUAAGCAGGUUGGUUUCCCUGUUCUUACAGUAAAGGAGAACAAGGGAAACAGCAGCAUCACGGUCCAGCAGAACCGUUUCCUUCGAACUGGAGACGUCAAGGCCGAGGAUGACAAGACGCUUUACCCCGUCGUCCUGGCUCUGAAGGGUUCUGAUGGCAUUGACCAGUCUGCUGUCCUUUCGCAGCGAUCCGAAGAGAUCAAGGUUAACCUCGACUUCUACAAGCUCAACGCAGACCACUCAUCUCUCUUUAGAACAUGUUACACUCCCGAGCGUCUGGAGAAGCUUGGAGAGGACGCCAAAGCCGGUCGCCUUACCGUCGAAGACAAGGCUGGUAUGAUUGCCGAUGCCGGUGUCCUUGCCGCUUCUGGUUACCAGAAGACUUCCGGCAGCUUGUCUCUCCUCAAGGCAUUUGAUCAAGAGAAUGAAUUCGUUGUAUGGAAUGAGAUUCUCACUCGCCUCGGUUCUAUCCGUGGUGCCUGGAUGUUUGAAGACGAGGAGACCAAGACAGCCCUGAAGACAUUCCAGCGCAAUCUGGUCAGCCAAAAGGCUCACGAACUCGGUUGGACAUUUAGCGACAAGGACGGUCAUGUUCUACAACAGUAUAAAGCUCUCAUGUUCAGCGCUGCUGGCUCUGCAGGCGACGAGAAAGUCGUUGCUGCUGCCACCGAGAUGUUCAAGAAAUUCUCUGAGGGUGACUACGAUGCCAUCCACCCCAACAUCCGUGGAAGCGUUUUUGACAUUGCCCUCCGAAACGGUGGCGAGAAGGAAUGGCAGACUGUCUUUGACAGAUACAAGAAUGCACCCACCUCUGCCGAAAAGAACACCGCUCUCCGCUGCCUUGGUUCCUGCGAGAAGCCAGAAAUUGUGCAGAAGACUCUCGAUCUCACUCUUUCCGAAGAAGUCAGAAUCCAAGAUAUCUACAUGCCCAUGUCCGGCCUUCGCUCCCACUCCGCCGGUAUACUAGCUCGCUGGAAGUGGUUGCAGGACAACUGGGAGCCAUUGACUAAGAGGCUUCCUCCUGCCUUCUCUAUGCUGGGAUCUGUUAUUCAGAUCGCCUGUGCUAGCUUGUCUACCGAGUCGCAGCUGAAGGAAGUAGAGGAGUUCUUCAAAGACAAGGACCACAAGGGCUAUGACCGAUCCCUGGAGCAAAGUCUCGACUCCAUUCGCGCUAAGGCUGGCUGGCUGUCGCGUGACCGUGGGGAUGUGGAGAGCUGGCUCAAGACGAACGGAUUUAAAGCCUAA